UUUUAUAGUAGAGGAACUCCAUAUGCUGGUUUUGAUAGACACAAUGGAGAGAUUGCUGCAUUUCAUUUGGAUAGGUAAAUCAUAAAAAUGUCGUAGAAUGCUAUGAUAAGAGAGCCCUAUUAAUACACUUCCUGAAUUCAGUUGUUGCUAGACAACCAGAUCUUGGCUCAUAAUCCACUAAAACCCCAUCACAUUAAACACACUUUGUAUGGAGAUGUUUAUCUCAUGCCAUCCAUCUUGGACACAAACACAGAAACUCAUGACUAAAUAUACUUUUUCAUGGCAAAUUAUGUAAAUAAAAGUGAGAAACAACUAAUGAUAGUGAUAAACAAAUGAUGAAAAUUAUGAUAGUAACAAUUUAAAUAUCAUAGUAAAAAAUAUUUCAUUAGUAAUAAUUAUGAAUUAUAAUUAUGUUGUUACCAUUGUUAUUAUUAUCAUAAUAAUUAUUAAACAAUAAAAGAUGUUUAGUUUAGUUUUGAAUCUAGUGGAAAUUGAGUUUUGGUAGCUUUUUAUUUUCUUGAUUAUUUAGGGAUUAAAUUCUGAUUACACAAUCGUAAAAUCAAUUUUUCUUACUAUCAAUUUAUUUUUGAAGAAUUUUAGGUUUCUACCGGGCACCACCAGUUGUUGGAAGAAAAAUAAACUUAGAAGAUGAAAUAGAACCAAUUGGAGACAAGAGGCUUCUGGACACAUUCUUUAAGAAAGGUAAGGCAGCUUUUAACUAUUUAAAGAAACUGAGAGGGGAAUUUUCUAAACAUGUCAUGUUUCCUUUUCUUUUUUUGUUAACAAACUCAAGCUCAAAAAUGUAUAUAACUGAAGUAUCUGCAUUGUGUCUUUGAUAAGCUCUAGUCUACCUCUCAUAAAUUGUAAUUUCCUUGCCAAGUGUAAAUACUGCUUAAUAUGUAGAAUAAGCUAAUUAUUGAUUUAAAAUUUGUAAUGCUAGUAAGCUUCAUAUAAUUUGUGUUAUAAGCUAGUUUAAGAGAAAAAUCCCUCCAUAAGUAUUCUUAAACUUGAGUAUUGAUAGAUAUAAAUAGAAAUAGGGUUUGUAUAAUAAGUAACAUAAGCAUUGUUAGUAUAGUAAUUAUUGUAAAGACAAUUUCAGAAAAAAAUGUUCUCUCGUAAUGAUCCAUAAAUAUGAAUCAGUUAAUCACAGAAGACUUAGCAAUCUACAGCUGUAAAUCUUACUUAAUGUAACCUUUCACACCCUAACAUCAGUAUCCACAUUCUCCAUAGUGUUCUUUAUACCUUUGUUUGGUACUGAAAAGGAGAAUUUGUAUGAAAAUCAAGAACAUCAUAAAUUUGUGAUCAUUUUCGUUAUUCUUAUGACCUUUAAAUUUGGAGAAAUUAGAAGCCAGUCGCUCGUAGUGGUUGAAGGGUUAAAUGAAUCAAAAUGAUGUGGUGAUUGUUGUUUUUCUUUCAGAUGGAAAUACUUGCUUCUAUGGCCGAUGCUACUACUGUAACAAAAAGAAUGCUGCCUGUGCCAAUGGUACAAUUAUGGAAGGCUCAGUAACACUGUGGCUACCAAAAGGAUGGAAUCUUGGAAAGUGGGCACAUCCUUGGAUAAGAGCAUACAGUGGUGCCAGAAAGGCUCUGUGAGUGAAUUGUAUGAUGCAUCUUGUGUAUACUCCCUAACAUCAGUAUGCAUAUUCUCCAUACUGUUCUCUAUAUAUUUCCUUGCUUAUAAGGAGAAUUUUUUUAACAAUCUGAGGCUUCUUUAGUUGAUGAUCAUUUCUUUGAUUCUCUUGACCUUAAUGUAUGAUUCAGGGGUGAUUUUGUGAAGAAAUAUUAGACGGUUGUCACUCUUUGGGCUUAAAGGAUUUAUAGUAUGCAAAGGACUGACUGUUGAAGUCAUGAGGAGAAAAGUGUUGGGAAAUAGAAAGAAAUAAAGACAUCUAACUAUUUUCAGAAAAACAAACCAUUGGGGAAAAAACUUGUCUUUUUGGUAUGGAGUUAGAUCCUUGAGGGUGAGCUCAUGGGGACAAAGGUGUCAGGAAAUUGGAAGAGAUAGAAAUAUCUAAAUCUUUGAAAGAAGAAAAAAAGUAGCAAAACUUGUCAUUUUGGUUUCUUGCAUCUGUAUAUCUAUACAUAAAAAAAAAUGACAUACCAGUGUAGUGCAUGUUAGUGGCAAAGUUGUUUACAAUUCUCUAUCGAGAAUUCAACACAUAUUGAACAGAGAAAGGAUUGAACCCCUACCGAUGGUUAUCUUUACACAGAUGGGAGACUGACAAUAACUACUGUAAGAACAAGGUAUUGAACAAGCCUCCAUAUAAUUUUGGUCCUCGCUUGUUAGAUCUCUUGGACACAGCACUGUUUGACUUCCUAAUCGGUAGGUACCUCUUGGCUGACAGUAUUCAUUUGGUAUUGUCUGUGAGGGAAAUGGUGGGCAUUUGGUGCCGCUCAUGCUCAUCAGAAAUCUUACAACAAAAUAAGAGCAAGAUCUUUUUCUCUUUUUACACACUAUUAUGUCACAGCAAAUGCAUUUACUGAAUUCUAGUUGACUGAUUUCGUGUAAUUUACACGCAUUUUGCACAUAGUCUAGCAUCUUUUGUUACGCGUAGGUGCGUGUAGUGACGUGCAGUGUUCGUGUUUCGUGCGUUUAGUGUGUGGUAAGUGCACGUGAGUUGAGCCCGUGUAAUGCUAUUGUGCAUUAUAGCGGCACUAUAAGUAAUGAGGGUUUGCGUUAAUUUAGCGUAUUUUGAUCAGUAACUGGAGUAGAGAAUGUGCACUAUUCUUUCAACUAAUCACAUACAAAAACUAAAAGUAUUUUGGCUUGGUCAUUCGCGUUUUCCUCAUUUUUAUGAAUCUACCUUGAGUUCUCAUUUUGUUUCUGUGAUUACUUCCCUUGCUCCAGAAUGAUCCAUUCCAGCUUCAAUUGUUCGAGUUCUAAUUAUUGAAUAUUGAAUAUUUUACGAUAUUGAAAACUUAGAAAGAUUCGAUUCUAUGAUUCAUCAGGCAAUGCAGACAGGCAUCACUACGAAACCUUUAAAGACGAGGGAGACACUGGAAUGCCACUGCAUCUGGAUAACGCUAAGAGGUAUGUGUUUUGCGAUGAGUCGUUAGAACUUUAUAGAGCGUUCACUGAUCUGUUUAUUUUAUAAGUUCAUCAUUGUUUUAGAAAAACAAAAUCAACAGACACAGUAAGCUGACCAUUUCAUUUCUUAACAGUGUGUAACAAGUGACAACCUAUCCAAAGCGAAAGACAUUCCUGAAGGUUGCCAGCCUAAGCUGUUAUCUUAAUAUGCCAGCCCAGGAAUACACCUUUGUUUUAUUUCUUCCGCUCGCGUGGUAUAAUUUACCAUUUCACAUUAACAUGAAGUGAUCUAAAAUGAGGGGAAUUUUAUUAUCCUUUUUUUUUCCUCUUUCAGCUUCGGCGAUCCUUAUCGCGAUGAAAUGUCCAUCUUGGCUCCUAUCUAUCAAUGUUGCAGGUAA